CGGGGAGGGGGCGGUACCUUUAACAAGUUGCCAGAAGAAUUAUGGGAAAACAAAAGCUAUGUGUUUAGCAUGCAUCUUUGAGAAGGAUCUAUUUGCUCAGUCGUGCUAUGAAUAUGUUGUCAAAUAGAUUCCUAGUUUGUUUAAAUAUUUUGCACGCUGGAUAAUACAAAGAUCAAACUAGACUAAAAUACGCUAAAGAAAUACAUCCUCAUAAAGGAAAAUGUGUCUGAGCUGGAGGUCCAGGCACUUUUUCAGAAGGAGUAAUAUACGCCAGAAUGGUCCGGUCAACAGAAGGCACUAGUCAACAAGAGGACCAUUCUGGCGUAUAUUACUCUCAAUCUUCGGCACUUACUCUUCAUUUGCUUCUACAGUUUCUAUUUACUGUUAAACCCAAAUCAUCAAAGGGAACUAGAAUAUUUCAACCAUAUCUGUCUGAAAUGUUGGUGUAAUGCAAUAAUUUCAUAUUUUUGUUAUUCACAGAAGAUUUUAUCAGCAUUUGUUAAUAGUGCGAAAUUACUAUGUGUUGGUGCUGACGUACUGUCGUCUAUUUACGCUUAGGGGAAUCGAAGCACGUGAAUUAGAUGCCACAUGCAUUGUACGAACAAUUCAUACUUUUUUGGGACAAUCAGACAGACCAAAAUGUCUGAAUAUUGACGAGAUUAUGACUUGGGAACAAUUAAUUGCUCUGCUGGAAACCGUAGAAAAAGAUAUACCACAGGGCAAUAGCUAUAAAUGGCGUCUAUUAUUUAUUAUUGGAACUUAUAUCCAUCGUUUUCGUUUACUGUUUCACUCUUAUUAUCGAAUGGUUGAAAAUGAUAAUUUCACUACAAAUUCUGCUAUGGACCAUCAAGAUUACCAUAACAAGUAUCUAUAUGAUACAAAAAUGGAUAGUUCAACUCAAGUUCGUGAAAGAGAUUCCGAUAUCUCAGAUUGGUGGUUGGAACCGGUUAUUCAUUCUUCAAAUAAAUCAAUUAAACAAAUACGACACCAAAAUGAAACCACGGCUUAUUUAUUAAAUCCAGUUGAUGCAAGUAGAAAAAUUCUUGCCAAUGUUAAACACACCUAUGAACAACUGAAAGAACAUGUGACUUAUCUUGAUAAUAAUAAUAAUAAUAAUAAUAAUAAUAACAGUUUUGAUAAAAAACGAAAAAAUGAAAGGAAUAAAAUCUGGAAUUCAUUGAAAAAACAAGGAUCGAAAUAUGAGCAACGAUUUUAUUGCAACGAAGAACCAGUUAAUUUAAAAGGUCGUGUAUUAAAUGAAAAUUCAUCAUUAUUAAAUUUAACUUUAUAUGAUAUUGAAAUGAAUUAUUCCAAUAUCCGAUCAGGUGGUAGUUGGGCACCACCAAAUUUGAAUUUCUCUUUGGAGGUAGCUAUAAUCAUUCCGUAUCGUGAUCGUCUUGAACAAUUAACAAUCCUGUUAUAUUAUUUACACCCAAUAUUACAACGACAAGAAUUAGAUUAUAAAAUAUAUGUUUCAGAACAGACUGGAAAUGAUACGUAUAAUAAAGGUAUUUCAAUGAAUGCUGCUUUUAUCUAUGCAUCUUCAGAAUAUGAUUUUCAAUGUUAUGUAUUUCACGAUGUUGAUCUAAUACCUGAAGAUGAUAGAAAUAUGUAUUCAUGUCCUUUAUUUCCUAGACAUAUGUCCGUAGCUAUUAAUGAGAUGGAUUACAAGUAAGAAGAAGCGUUAUAUGCAUUAGAAAAUUAGGUACUUUUGCCGCGCAGCACCACAUUAGAUAAAAAUUGGGCGCUAGGUGCAAAAGGACGGGGGACGAUAAGACCGCAAAUCGGCCCACUACCAAAUCCAUUAUGCAGUAACUCAUCUGAUGCAGUUUUUCUUGCCCAUUAAACCUAUCAUAUUUUUAGACAAUAAAAAUCCUUUCCA